CGGACCAAUCCUUAUCGCGCUUCGAACCACCAGGUAACAUCAUGUUUUGUUUUACUUUCUUGCUCGUAAUUGGCACUGCCAUUGCUUUGAAACUCCCAGAUAGAGGACAAUUUGACUUGGAGCACUUUGACAUACACAGUUUAUACAACGAGUACGUCCAGGCAUAUGGGAAGGUAAGAAAUCCCGAAGAGUACCCGAAGCGGCUUGAGAUUUUUAAGAAAAGCUUGGAAGACAUCAGAGAACGCAACGCUAAAUAUCCACAAACCGAGUAUGGACUCGACCGUUUCUCAGAUCUGACCGCCGAGGAGAAACAGCGUUACUUCGGCUCGUUGCCUUUUGACGAAACACUGGAAGGUCUAACGACCACACUGAAGUACCCCCCAGAAGCCAUCACGGCUCCUGACGAGUGGAACUGGCGGUUACAUAACGCAGUCACUUAUGUAAAGGAUCAAUUAGAAUGUGGUAGCUGCUGGGUUUUUAGCGCUAUUGGGAACAUAGAAGGGCAAUACGCAAUUAAAUACAAGGAGUUGCUAUCUUUCUCGGAGCAACAGAGCGUGGAUUGCGUUAAGCCGUUGGAGUCCAAUAACAAUUGCUAUGGAGGGUGGCCGCACCGCAGUAUGUGGCACUAUGAGGUUGCCGGCAUUACCGAUGAAUCACCCUACACAGUAAGGUUGGAGAAAGAUUAUCCAUAUUUUGGGUACACGGAGAACGUAUAUUGCAAAGAAAGAGAGAAAAGAAUGCAAGAUACAAAAAUAGCCGUAACUUCGGUCAAAGUAAUUAAAACGGAUGAAGAAACUUUGAAACAACUAUUGUACGAAACCGGGCCUUUGUCAACCGCUAUGGAUAUGUCCAACCUGGAGGGCUACCACAAAGGCAUUAUUCACCCGCACGAUUGUUACUACACACUGAAUCACGCCGUGCUGCUCGUUGGAUAUGGGAUAGAAAACGGUACCAAGUAUUGGCUUGUCAAGAACUCCUUUGGGUCUGAUUGGGGAGAAUUUGGCUACUUCCGUAUUCUACGAGGAGUAGGAGCAUGUAGUAUAGGCAUACGGUACACUGCUAUGGCCACUGUAGAAAAAUUACAUAAAAAAUAACUAAAAAAUUCUAAAUUUUAUUUCACAAGUAACGCUUAGUGAAAUUGUAGCCCGAACCAUAUCGGACAAGUGUGCGUAGAAUGUAUAAAUAAACCCUCACAAGAGACAUCACCGCUGUUUUAACAAAUACCAAUUUUGCAAGAGAUUGCAAUGCGAAAGUACCUAGGUAACCCUAGAGUUAUCACACACACGACAGUAUUUCCAUCAUCAGUAUCAUCACCACAUCUAGAUGGUUGCUGUCCUCAGCUGUAAGUUUCUUCAGAAACUUUUUGUCUCGACUAAACUGUGGAAUGAACUGUUGCCCGCUAUUUCUGGACCCAUACGAACUUUGGGUCGCGACCUUAAACCUUUCAGAAAAGGGCGUACUGAAAUCUUAACCAUCAGGUGAUUCGUCUGAUCGUGUGAUUCCUAUCUCAUAUAAAAAACUGCCAUGCUGUAGAUUCUGUAGACGAUAUUACGUACUUAUAUCUCAACUGGCAGACGCCGAAAACAAGAUAACGUAGAUCUCAACUGCAUGGCAGAUGCCGAAAACAAUACAACGUAGAUCUCAACUGGCAGAAGCCGAAGACAACACAACGUAGAUCUCAACUAGCAGACGCCGAAAACAACACAACGUAGAUCUCAACUGGCAGACGCCGAAGACAACACAACGUGGAUCAUCGUCUCCUGCACUCCUGGCGGUGCUCUACCUCAUUAGCCCCUGCUGUCGACCAUGAGACUUGGCGUGAGCCCUCUGUACCACUGUGGUACCAACAAUAAAAGGAGAAGUUAUACCGCACUGUACGCAUAUGCUACGCAUGCGGUGUGACGUUUCCUACAGGAAUUUAAACAUUACAACGCGCAGCUAUAGUUUUUGUUAGGCAAACUCUUGACUUCUUGAAAUACAAUCCUGAUAGUAAUACA